AUGACUACCGAAGACUCUAAUAUGGCAGUGCGAUCCUCUUCUCGCGAACGAACAUUAACUGAGAAGGGUUUAGGGUACCACAUUUCUCAGCAGACUAUUAAGUUUCGGUCAGCCAUAUCAGCAUGGAGGGGUAUUGCCAAUAAGUUACAAGUGUCAAUGUCUGAUAACACUGAUAUUUCUGUUAUCCGUGAAGAACGCAAUAAGCUUCAAGAAAAUUUUCAUUCUCUGUCUAGUGUUGAUCUUGAUCUGAAUUUUCUUUCAUCUGGGGAACAAUCACAUUCCACUGAGUUUGUCAAUAUAGAAACUUACCAUCAUGAACUAAUGAGAGACAUUGGUAUUUAUUUACGUUCAGUAGAAACCGAUAGGUCCGAGACUAGGUCAAAUUCAUCAAGGUCCUGUAGGUCAAGGUCUCGAUGUUCAGUCAGGUCAAGUCGCACACAGAAUUCCAAUAAGUCUGAGGUUGCUGCUCACGCAGCAGCUCUUAAAGUUAAGCUGAAGUAUAUAGACUUAGAAGCAAAAUCAAAGGCAGAACUCGAAAAAAUUCAAACCAAAAGGGAGAUUGAUAUGGCAGAGGCAAAAACUGAAGCUUUAGAUAGCACUGAUUCUUUUUUACCAAAUACAUGUUUGUCAACAGAAUCAAGUCUUGACAGGGUAAAAGAUUAUGUUGAAGCCCAUGCCCAUUAUGAUUCUAGCAGUACAAAAUUUCCUCUGUCUCAGGCACAGAAUCCCAUUACAACUGAAGCUACUGAUGAUAUCAUAGUCUCAACCCCAGCUCAUAUCUCAUAUACUACUUCUUUGAAUCCUAGGGUAUCAGACUUUGUACCUCAGAGUUCUGAUACAGUUUUUUCCGCCACCAAUCCUUCUCUAGAUAGGACAGCAGACAUCACUAAUACCGACAGUGCACAUAUACCUGUCCAUAAGCCUAUCAUAGCCCCUAUACCAUCUAUUUACCAAGUGGUUCCACCCAAAGGGCCCAGUGAUCAAAGUCUAAUUGAUCUUGCAAAGACGCUUGCAGAACAAGUUUCACUGAAUAGGCUACCUUCACCCGAGCCCGGUGUAUUCUAUGGCGACCCCAUUCAGUAUCCUUCAUGGAAGCUAGCGUUUAAAACUCUCAUAGAGAGUAGGCAAAUUCCUGAUGCUGAGAAAAUCCACUAUUUGAAGAAAUAUAUUGGUGGUCCUGUUAAACUAGUUGUUGAAAACUACACCCUGUUAGCCAGUGAUGAUGCAUAUGAUAGCGCUAGGAAGCUACUAGAUGAAAGGUAUGGGGACCCAUUUAUUGUGUCCAAUGCUUUUAGAUCAAAACUUGACUCCUGGCCAAAGAUAAGUCCCAAGGAUGCCAGUAGCCUUUUAAAAUUUUCAGACUUUUUAAGACAGUGUCUUGCAGCAAUGCAAAGCAUCCCUCAUCUAAGCGUCCUUAAUGACCCUGCUGAGAAUCGUAAGAUGUUAGCCAGGCUUCCAGAAUGGUUAGUCUCCAGAUGGAACCGUGUCGUGGUAGGUCACAAGGAAUCCCAUAACGAGUUUCCUCCCUUUCAGUCAUUUGAAUCCUUCAUUUCAAAGGAAGCCAAAAUUGCUUGUAAUCCAGUCACUUCUGUUCAGUCCAUCAAGGGUGACAUGGGAAAUCAUGGAAGUGAGGUACCUGAGAAACGGAUACGGGCGGAACAGAAACCUUUGCUUAAGGGAAGAUCCUUCUUAACUGGGAUCGAUAAGGGUAAGAAUCCCUCUAAGGGCCAUCCCAGGCGUAAUUUUUCUGAUUUCCAAUGUUUUUUCUGUGAAAGGCCAGGUCAUGAACUCGAUCUUUGUAGAAAAUACCUAGCUAAGACACUUGAGGAACGUAAAUCAUUUGCUCGGGACAAAAACCUCUGCUUUGGUUGUCUUUCUCCUGGUCACCUAUCUAAGGGAUGUAAAAGGAGAAAACAGUGUAAAACCUGUUCCAAAUUCCAUCCUACCUCGCUUCAUGGAGACAAAAGAGGGACCUCUGAUGUCACCAAGGACAAAGGCCAGGCUGAUAAACUGGAAGAGACUCAGAAGUCUCAGGCAAUGCUUUCAGAUUCGUCAUGUCUCAAUGGCACUAGUUGUAAUAGUAAAUGUUCUAUGGUAGUCCCCGUAUUUCUUUCUCAGCAUGAUAACCCGAACUUAGAGAGACUGGUCUAUGCCAUGCUAGACACCCAAUCCGACACAACCUUUGUCCUAAAUGACACUUGUGAUGCAUUGGGACUGACUGGCCCAAAGGUAACACUGAUCCUGUCCACUAUGUCUUGCAAGGAUACCAGAGUGGAAAGCGCAAGGAUUGGUGGCCUUGUGGUUCGCGGGUUUGAUAGCUCUGUGAAGAUAUCUUUACCUGAUGCCUUUACUAGAGAGGUUAUACCAGCUAACAGAUCACAUAUCCCUACUCCAGAAAUAGCCAAACACUGGCCACACCUAAAUGGCAUAGCUGAAAGGUUAAUGCCAGUUGCUGAUUGCGAAGUUGGAUUACUCAUAGGAUACAAUUGUGCUCGUGCCUUAAUGCCACGCGAAGUAAUUCCUCCCAUUGACCAAGGACCAUUUGGUCAACGUACGGAUCUUGGGUGGGGAAUAGUUGGUAUAGUUGAUAAGUUUGCAGACAAUCACGAUGACUGCAUUGGACUGAGCCAUCGAAUUUGUACCCUUGAAGUGCCAUCUGAUCUUGCCCCUAAAACAGGCCAACAUAGUCUGACAAAUGAGGUAGCAUUUUCCUUUAGAACUCGGGUCAAGGUUGCCAGUCCUGUUGAAAUAGCAAAGGCUAUGGAGUUGGAUUUUUGUGAAAAUCAAGUUACUUGUACGUUGAUCUCUCAAGAAGACCAAAGAUUCUUGGAGAAAAUGAAUUCUGAUAUCAAGUUCGUUGAUGGCCAUUAUACAAUGCCCUUACCAUUCAAGGGUGACCCACCAAACUUACCUAACAAUCAAUAUAUGGCUCUCCGUAGGUUAGAAGGUCUUAAAAGGCGUUUACAGCGUGACAGCGACUACCGCAGACUUUAUGAACAGUUUAUGAAUAGUUUGAUUAAAAUGGGUCAUGCUGAAGUUGUGAGUGACUCUGACCUACAAGUUGUCAAUGGCCAUGAGUGGUACAUACCCCAUCAUGGUGUUUUUCACCCAAAGAAGCCAGGCAAGCUUCGAAUUGCCAAGGACAACGAACUUGAGUUUGGAGAAGAAGUAGCUAACUUCUUGCGACACAAUUUUUAUGUGGAUGAUGGACUCAAGUCUGUUCCUUCUGUCGAAGAAGCUAUUCGCAUGAUAGAUUCUAGUCAGGCAAUGUGCAAAAGGGGCGGUGUUAGAUUGCACAAAUUCUUAAGCAAUUCUAAGGAAGUUAUAAGUCACGUGUCACCAGAAGACAGGGCUAGUGGACUUGCAGAUUUUGAUAUUCUUACUGAUAGUUUUCAUGUUGAAAGAACAUUGGGCGUUCAAUGGUGUAUCGAGUCUGAUUGCUUUCAGUUCAGAAUAGUCUUGAGUGACAAACCUUUAACCAGAAGAGGAGUUCUGUCCACGGUUAGCUCCGUAUAUGACCCUUUGGGAUUUAUUUCACCAGUUAUCCUUGUAGGCAAGCAGAUACUGCAGCAGCUAUGUGCACAGAAUGCAGACUGGGAUGAUCCAGUUCCUGACAACUUAAAAUCAAAAUGGGAGCAGUGGAGAAAUGAGCUUAACAUUCUUGGGUCACUUAGAAUAAGCAGAUGUUUUAAGCCUAAGGAGUUUGGUGAAGUCAUAUCUGCUGAAAUACAUCACUUUUCAGAUGCAAGCAUGGACGGCUAUGGUCAGUGUUCAUACCUCAGAUUAAUUGAUAACAAGGGCCAGGUCAAUUGUUCUCUUCUUAUGAGUAAGGCUAGAGUUGCACCACUCAAGCCUAUCACUAUUCCUCGUCUUGAGCUGGCUGCAGCUGUUGUCUCAGUAAAAAUUAGCGUCUUAUUACGACAAGAGUUACAAUUUCCAGAUGCACUUGAGUAUUUUUGGACUGAUAGUAAGGUAGUUAUUGGUUAUGUUGGGAACGAUUCACGGAGAUUUCAUGUGUAUGUAGCUAAUCGUGUCCAACAGAUUAGAAGUCACAGUGAUCCAUCCCAGUGGAGGUAUGUUGAGUCAGAACUCAAUCCUGCGGAUAUUGCAUCAAGGGGUUCAUCGGCUUAUGCCCUUGUACACAAGUCCAAUUGGUUUAAAGGCCCAGAUUUCCUGUGGAAUAUUCAACUUCCACCUAUCAAAAAUGUAAUCCCACCUUUGUCAGAUGAUGAUAAGGAGCUAAAAAAGGCUCAUACAUUCAGAACCUUCGGUGCUUCUACCAAUCUAGGGGAAAUCUGUUCGCGUUUCGAGUAUUUCUCUAGCUGGAGACGAUUGAAACUUGCAGUUGCUCUAUGUCUUAAGUACAUUGUCUGUCUUAACAAACGUGUUAGGUCGUCCAAAGCUGAACAGCCGAUUGCUCAGACUGAGGGAGAGGCGAGUUGUCAGUCUGCCGUAUCAGUGGACGAUUUGUUAGUAGCAGAACAAAUCGUUGUCAAGGCUGUGCAAGCGGAUGCAUUUUAUGAAGAAAUUAAAACUCUCCGUAACCUAAAGGUGUCGGACAAGUUGUCUGAUCACGAGAUAUUAAAGUUAAGAAAAUUUGCUUUGAAGGGAAAUUCUCCCAUAUUUCGCUUAGAUCCUUUCCUUGAUCAGUUUGGACUUUUGCGUGUUGGUGGUCGUAUAAAACGGGCUGAGCUGACAUUUGGUUUUAAGCACCCUGUUAUUCUUCCCAAAAGAGGACACGUUACCGAACUCAUUAUUCGUCACUUUCACGAACAUGUCCAUCACCAGGGAAGAGGAAUAACUAUCAACGAGAUCCGUUCCAGUGGUUUUUGGAUUGUUAAUCUCAAUUCGAGAGUUUCGAGCUACAUUUCUGGUUGCGUAGUAUGUAAGAGGUUGCGUGGAACUACACAAGUUCAAAAAAUGGCUGACUUGCCAAUAGACAGGCUCCAACCUGCUCCUCCUUUUACAUACAGCGGAGUUGACUACUUUGGGCCCUGGUAUGUCAGGGAAGGCCGCAAACAACUUAAAAGAUACGGGGCCAUAUUUACAUGCUUAUUAUGUAGAGCAGUUCACAUUGAGGUAGCGUCUUCUCUUGAUACGGACUCAUUCAUUAAUGCCUUGCGCAGGUUCUUGUCAAUACGUGGUCCAAUUCGAGUACUUAGGUCGGAUAGGGGCACCAAUUUUAUUGGUGCAGCUCGUGAAUUAAGAGAGGCUGUUUCAGAAAUGGACGAUGACCGUGUAAGUCAGUAUUUACUUGAAUCAAAUUGUGACUAUGUUGUUUUUAAAACAAACGUUCCGUCUGCCAGCCAUAUGGGCGGAGUAUGGGAACGUCAGAUAAGAUCAAUUCGAAAUGUCCUUAGUUCCCUGAUGUAUCAGAAUGGGUCUCAACUGGAUGAUGAAGGUCUCAGAACCUUCAUGUGUGAAGCUGCGGCAGUGGUUAACAGCAGACCCUUAACUGUAGAAAACCUCAAUGACCCAUUGUCACUGGACCCUUAA